AUGAAUGUUCCCAAUAUCAAUAUUCCCAUCUAUGAACUAAAUGAAGAUAAAAUUCGAUAUUAUGCCUCUAUUUUUUUCAAUUCCGCGUCAGAGUAUGCAAGAUAUGUUGACGAGGAAGUUCAUGAUGGACAAAAGAUUGAAGAAAUUACAAUGGAAGCCAUCCUUGGAAUAAAAUACCGGAGGGGUAAAAUUCAAUAUCUCGUAAAAUGGGAAACGAUUGAUGAUGCCGAAUGGAUCGAUGCAGAUAAAUGUGACAAACAAUUAAUCAAAGAAUACCUUAACAAAUGUGAUGAACCAAUUGCGAAAACAAAACCUAAUUUUGAUGAAAACGAAGAUGACUCUAGAGAAGACAUUCCGGCACGGAUUAAAGGGGAUUGGGAAGAACAGGUUGAAAAGGUAGAAAAUAUGUUUAAACAUGAAGUUACCGGGGAAUGGUAUAGCUCAUUAAAGUGGAAAAAUGGAUCUCGCUCUGCACAUCCUAAUAAAGUGGCUAAUAUCAAAUGUCCCCAAAAGUUGAUAGAAGAAGUUAAUUGGUUACGAGAAGCCUAUACUCAUAAGUGUUCCGAAGUUGGAUAUCUUAGUGGAGAAGCAGAUCGUAUGAAAUGGUUAUAUGACCAAAGUUGUGAACAAAUUGCGUCUUUAAGAACGCAAAAUGAACUUUUUAAGAAAGAAUUAGAUGAGAGUGAAUACCUUCGUAAUAAGUUGAUUGAGCAUAUUAAUGUCGAGACUAAGGCUAUCAAAAAGGUUUGGCGUCAUAAUAACAUUGUCAGAGGUGGAAGACAUCAAAAUUUCCGAAAUCUAUCUUUGAACCUCAAGAAAACAAGCAACUAUGGAAAUGGUAAUAUCAAGAAUGAUAAAGAAAUGAAAAAUUCACAAUGGUAUAGCGCUGAUGAAAAAUUUUGUCGAGGAUAUUUAAAUAAAUGUGGUGGUAUUACUGCGAAACAAAUCGGCACCUUAUCAAUUGUUUGA